GGAAAAUAAAGUUAUAAAAAGAGAGAGUGACAACUAUGGAAGAAAAUUUUGAGCUCUAAAACUCGAAAAAACAGAAGAAAAAUCGACAUCAAUUGAUCCAGUGAUCGACUGAAAUCUUCAAUUUCUCUGCAAAAAUGAGUAAUAUGUGCAGUCGUCAACCGGAAGUACUUUGGGCUCAACGAUCGGAGAAAGUUUACUUGACUAUAUCAUUGCCUGAUGCUAAAGAUGUAUCGUUGAAGUGUGACGCAGAUGGUGUUUUUAAUUUCUCUGCUAUUGGUGUCAAUGGCGAUUCAUUCUCCGUCACUCUCCAGCUUUACGGGAAUGUUAUUCCUGAGCGGUGUAAAACUAAUAUUGGGUCGAGAAUUAUCCUCUGCUCAAUCCAAAAGGAGCAAAGAGGCUGGUGGCCAAGAAUAUUGAAGUCUGAAGAGAAGCCCGCUCCAUACCUCAAGGUCGAUUGGAACAAAUGGUGUGAUGAAGAUGAUGAAGAAUAUUCGGACUCUGAUGAUGGGGGUGUUGCGUAUACUGGAGAUGACGACGAGAGCAGCGAUGAUGGAGGAAUGCUCUAUCUUCCAGACCUGGAAAAGGCAAGGGGAAAUUAAAACCAGCUGCUGAAAACUUUGAAAGAGGCUGAUGAUCAUCAGAGAUGUUUAGAGUUUAGUCUUUUUGGAAGCAAAAUAUAAUGACUUUCUUGCUUUAUUCAGAUGUAUAGAGGUAUUUGGAAGACUGGUUUUAAGUCAUGUGUUAGAUCUUGUUUCACCUUAUCGGGCUCGGUAAGGAGUCACUUUUGUUAGAGAGUGCUUUACCUCUCAAUAUGGGAUUUUCUGGCACAAUUUUGGAUUUAUAAGUGGUUCACUUUGCAUGGGCAUGUGUUUGGUUAUUAUGGCUUUGGAAAUGAGAUUGUUAACCAAAAAUAUUUUCAGCUUACCACAGUAAUCUUAGUACAUCAUGUAAUCUAGAGAUAAUGUUCAAAUUUGGCCCUAUACUUUUGGA